AUCGGCGCAUCACAGACGAAAACGGGCGGGUCAACCGCCGCCACCGCCGCUUCCGCUGCUGCUUCUUCCGCUCCGGCUAACACGUCGCAACCUCCAAAAAUGGAGUUUACCGUAGCCAGCAAGCGCGUCACAUCCCCUGGAUCAGAGAAGCGACGUGGCAAAGGAGCUGGUGGUGAACGCAAUGUCCGGUGUUCAACUGAAGAUGCCGAAGAAGAGUUUCUGAGUGCUGAUGAAGGCGUGGCAUCAUCCAUAGGAGACGAUCCGGUGCGAUUUUGUUUCAAAGAAAAUUAUGACAGCUGA